AUGGAGUGCGAAGAGGCCGACGAGAAUACACUACUGUUGAGUGAAGUAGAUGGUGAAAGGACUACAAGUGAUUUAUAUCCGAACUGUGCGAUCGCGGCUGAAACAGGUUCUGUAGAAACUAUAGUGUUUAAUAGUAAUAUGAUGAAGACGUCCACUCAUGCAGAUAGUUUGGCCGCUACUUGGGGCGGGCGACGUUCCCUUCAGGACUCAAGGCGACUUCGUCGGGUUCGAUCAUGGUCAGGUGGACCGCAUGACGACGGAGGCUCUGAAAUAAGGAUACUAAGAGAACGAUUGGUGCGCACACAGACACGAUUGCAGCCGGGUGCUGUACGCCACUUGUCAAGGCGACAGAGGUUAACAUUGGUCUCAUUAGCCCUUGUAGACUUCAUGAGCUUCUGCUCCAUGAGUGUCAUGGCACCGUUCUUCCCGCGGGAAGCUGCUAUGAAAGGACUUUCAGAAACAAUGUGUGGAAUCGUUUUCAGUUUCUACGCAGUCGUCAUGUUCCUAACAUCACCCUUAUUUGGAAAGUUCCUGCCAAAAGUGGGGGGAAAGUUUUUAUUUACUGCAGGAAUGUUUGUCGCUGGAGCUUGCAAUGUGAUCUUUGGGAUGUUGUCACUCAUAGAAGAUACAUUACAAUUUACAAUUCUCUGCUUCGUGGUACGAGGUUUAGAAGCUCUAGGUGCUAGCGCUUAUUCUACAGCAAGUUACGUGUUCGUGGUGAACGCUUUUCCUGACAGCAUCGGGUCCGUCUUAGGUAUUCUUGAGACAUUCAUAGGUCUGGGUAUGUCUGUUGGACCAGCCAUUGGAGGAUUCUUGUACUCGAUCGGGGGCUUCGGUUUACCGUUCUACACCCUUGGCAUAAUCAUGGUAUUGACUGUGCCUAUCAACUACUUCUUGCUCACUGACUGUGAAGAAUACGUUUCGGGGUCAAAAACUGCAUCGAUUAUCGGACUUUUCAAAAUCCCAUCUAUUAUAAUAACAGGGCUGGUGAUAGUUAUAAUGUCCAAUACUUGGGCAUUUCUCGAUCCGACGCUGGAACCGCAUUUACGUCAAUUUGGGUUGUCGACAGAACAAAUUGGUCUAAUAUUCUUGCUGUUUUCCAGUCUCUAUGGGAUUUUUAGUCCCAUUUGGGGAUGGGUGGCCGAUCGUGUCCAUAAUCACUGGUGUAUGAUGGUAUGGGGUCUAUUUCUGUCUACAAUAGGGCUACUACUUCUUGGUCCAUGUCCGUUCAUACCAGGAUUGCCAAGACACCUGUAUUUGGAUUUAGCAGCUUUGUCAAUUUUGGGAAUGUCCGUGGCUUUAACGCUUUUGCCAACCUUCCAAGGGGUUCUAACAAGUUCCAUGGUUGAGGGUGGUUGUCCAGAGGCUCUGACGACUUACAGUGCAGUAGCAGGUGUGUGGUCAUGCUGCUACUCGCUGGGUGAGGUGCUUGGUCCAGCUGUUGGCGCUGCGAUCACACAACAGUACGGCUUUCCAUUGUGUGCUACUCUUUGUGCCUCAGCCUGCUUUACUAUGGCGAUAAUAACUCUUACAUUCUUUACACUACGCGAUUCCCGCAAGAGAGCAUUCUUAUCCAGCAGCGCUUGCGACUCUAUCCCCUACACCGACACUACGUGGAACAGUAACCAUUUCUGUCGAACUAGAAGCGCACCGCAUACUUUCGCCGACAACUCACCUUUGCUAACACCGUGCUCCUGUUAUAAAAAUCACAAUUUCACAUACGGUACUUCCCCACCAAUGCACGUCUGUCUCACACACAGUAAGAGUAACAAAAGUGGUUCAGCUAGUGUCGCUGACGUCAUCGCAUACAUCCUCAAGUUCGAGUUCGUCAUCAAUAUGUACAUACGUAUACGUAGGUCUAGGAAAAAACCGCUGCCAGCAGCAGUGCCAGUCACUACUGACCAGCUUUAUCAGAACUACAUCGAAGAAGAAAUUGAAGACCGACAUGAAUCCAAUGGAAAUGAUGAAGCAAUAUUUGGAAGUCCAGUUAUUUUAAAGAAUGUCACCAUGGAUAAUUUGAAAGUUAAGAAAAACAGUACGGGGCUCGUUGCCAAAGCUAUAGUCUGUGACGAGGAAAAGAGAACUACAAAUGAAAUCAUAAAACAUAAUAUUGAGAAGGUUCAUUUCUACGAGCAAGAUGAAUGUCCGACCUAUGAAGAUAUAUUUGAUAGUUGCGAAUGUAGAGAUGGAGUCACUUACGCAAGAGGCACAGUCACCGUCUCCUCUACAGGCGCAUGCGAAGUUUAA